UCGAUCAUAUUGAUGAGGACAUGCGCUACGAGGGAAUUGAACAACGAAGUGCUAAAUGAACUGCACAUAACUAGACGUCUUGCAGAAGACCCGAGUACUUUGCGACUGCUUAACAACUUCAAUAUCCUGUGUGCAUCCAUCUGUGUCUUCGGCACCUUUCAGGCUGACAUCAACUUUUUCACGCUAGAGAGGAUACCGUCAUAGUGUUCCAAAAGAAGCUUACGGCUCUGGAAAUCAGGGCAAAAGAAGGUCUAAGAAUGCGGCUGUUCGUAAUGUUCCUGAUUAUUUGUACGGUUUAUGCGAGCGCAUCGGCUCAGGAUUCGUCCCCAGAAGACAUUGUGGAGGCAACCUCGGCGCCCAGGAUGACGUGGGAUACAUUCAUGCGCAACAUGACUUCAGUAUUUGGGACGGUGCUACAUAAAAUGUUUCCUCACAUGGUGCGAGCCAGUUCAGAGGUGGAAGUAGGACCUGAAUGUAUGGCUGCUUAUUUCAAAGUGUUCCUUGGUCUGCGCAAGCUGAAAGGAUGGGCUGUCAGAUUGGUGGAUUCGUCAGGCAAGCCCACGGAUGGACUUUUAGAAGGGACGCUGGCUUUCCUCGGUGCCUUCGACGAAUGCUUGGACACAGUAGUGCUAGACGAGACGGAAGAGGCGCAGCUUAUCUUCAGGGGUAAAUACUGCACUGCCCAAGUGGCUCCCAAGUGGUCGCUGCAAGAGCUCUUCCACAACGACUCCCACGCACACGCUGAACUGGCUAGCUAUCUACCAAAGAAAGAGAUGCUGAAAAAUGCGUUGCGCAUUCCAGGGAGCCUCCUGGUGUUCCGCUUAGGCCUGUGCGUUCCUUCUGUCUGUGCAAGAGAAGACAUCGAAAAAAUGGUCAAGUACACGGUCGGUCACCUGGAUAUGAAGGCUGAAGUCACAGAGUGCCAAAUCAAGGAAGACAAGCCAUUGACCAAAAUACAGAUCGUGGUGAUGUAA